UGGUCUUGUGGUUUCAGGUGGAUGGGCGCGUCACCAUGAGGCUCCGCGGGUUUUUCCUCCCCUCCCUGAAGCCCCGCCCCUUCCUCCCCCCGCGCCCCGCCCCGUCCAAUCAGAGACGGGCCCGCCUGUCCGACGGCCCCGCCCCCCGUCCUCUGAUUGGUCCGGACGUGCUGGUGCAGGGGCGGAGCUUCCCCCGCGACGACUUCACCAACGUCACGCCCAGAAUCCUGGAGAAGGUCGGAGUGAAUCUGCACAACGAGAAACAGCACCCCCUGUGGGUCAUCAAGGAGAGGAUCAAGGAGCACUUCUACAGUUCGUACGUGGGCCGUUGGGGGAAUCCUCUCUUCUCGGUUCAUGAUAAUCUGAGUCCCGUCGUCACGGUCCAACAAAACUUCGACAGGUCAAAAAAUAUUAAAAAAUAUUAUUAUUUAUAUUUUUCUUUUUCAUUUCACAGGACGACGAUGCUGCGCGCGCACACGUCUGCCCACCAGAGGGAGCUGGUGAGCGCGGGGCUGGACGCGUUCCUAUUGGCCGGAGACGUUUAUCGCCGUGACGAGAUCGACUCGUCCCACUACCCUGUGUUCCACCAGAUGGAAGGAGUCCGACUCUUCUCCGACCACGAGCUCUUCUCGUCGGUGGACGGUGGUCAGGUUCUGUCGUUGUUUGAAGGUUCUGGUUGGAGGACGGAGCAGAAGCAGCAGGUCCACACGCUGGAGACGGUCAAACUGCUGGAGUUCAACCUGAAGGACACGCUCAGGUCCCUCGUCCUCACGCUCUUCGGACCAGAGGUGGAGCUGCGCUGGGUGGAGUGUUUCUUUCCGUUCACUCAUCCGUCGUUUGAGUUGGAGGUUCGAUUCCGAGGUCAGUGGCUCGAGGUGCUCGGCUGCGGAAUCAUGGAGCAACAAAUACUGCACUCAGCGGGGGCGGGGCAUAAGGUGGGCUGGGCGUUCGGAUUGGGUCUGGAGCGUCUGGCGAUGGUUCUGUUCGACAUCCCCGACAUCCGCCUGUUCUGGAGCCGCGACGAACGCUUCCUCCGACAGUUCAGAGGCGACGACCUGCACCGGCCAAUCCGCUUCCAGCCUCUCAGCAGGUUUCCUCCUCUUCAUAACGACAUUUCCUUCUGGAUUCCGGAUUCUUUCUCCCAAAACGAUUUUUUUGACUUGGUGCGAAACAUCGGAGGAGACCUGGUGGAACAAGUCACACUCCUGGACCAGUUCACACACCCCAAGACGGGGAGGCGGAGCGAGUGUUACCGCAUCGUUUAUCGACACAUGGAGCGAACUCUGACCCAGGAAGAAGUACGAACGACGCACGAGCAGAUCGAGAGAGCGGCUGAGAGCGAGCUGGGCGUGCACGGCCGAUACUGAAAUACUACUACUACUACUACUACUACUACUACUACUACUACUACUACUACUACUACUACUACUACUAGUACUGCUACUAUUUCUACUAUUUCUUUUUCUUAUGACGUUUCUGAAUAAAUCUGGAACAUUUUUUUCCCGACUUCUGACGUUUGACCAGAUUUGAAAAGGGCAGAGUUUGAUUCAAGCGUCUGAACCUGACAGGAAGUGUUCAUGGACGUGUUUGGGCUCCACAGACUCUGGCUCCAGUUCAGUUUGUGUGUUUUUGUCUGGUGGUUCUGGGUCUGCUGAGCGUGUGCGGUCGAGUCUUCUGUCCCGCGGGCGCACGUCAACACGCCAACACACACGAGCGCACGCACGGAGCGCACGCCAACACACACGAGCGCACGCACGGAGCGCACGCACGGAGCGACCAAUCAGAGCGAGCGGAGCCGCAGCCAACGUUUAUGAAGAGUUUUUUAAGACGACUGAAGGAUUUUGAGCUGAGAAAAAGUUUGUGAUCUAAAAAAUAGGUUAAAAAAAAUCCGACAUUAUUGAAAACUGUAGGUGCCCUGUCGGCCCCUGUCGGUCCCUGUCGGUCCCUGUCAGCCCCUGUCAGCCCCUGUCGGCCCCUGUCGGCCCCUGUCAGCCCCUGUCAGCCCCUGUCGGCCCCUGUCGGCCCCUGUCGGUCCCUGUCAGCAGCAGUUUGUGUGACUUUGUGCUCUGUGGGAAAAAUCCUGAUUGGUUCUUUGGUUGGUCAGAAUCAAGUGGAUCUGCUGCCCCCGAUGAGCCUCGUGUGGAGCUGAGGCCCUUUUUUGUUUUGUUUGUUUGUUUGCUUGUUUUUUUUUGUUUUUUGUUUUUUUCUGGAUUUUUCUUUACUUUCUGGAGGUUCUAGAUUGAUUUUUAUUUUUAUUUAUUUUACUUUCUGGAUUUUUUAUUUUAUUUUAUUUUUCUUUUCUGGAGGUUCUAGAUUUUUUUUUAUUUUUUCUGGAGUUUUUCUGGGCUGAGCUGUUUUCACAGGUUUCACGUUUAUUUUGCUGCAGUUUUUUUGUGAAAAUAAUAAUAAAUGUUUUUUAAAGAC